UUUGUCGUGGGGUUAUGGCUGUGCUCGACCUGAAAGGCCCGGAGUCUAUGCCAGAGUUACACAAUAUUUGCAAUGGAUUUCUGACACAACAACCGGAGUCUGUGUCGAUGGGAGCGCACCUGCUCCGACAAAUGCCCCCACGCCUGCCCCUACUUCUGAUCCCAAUUCUGACUGCCCUGGAUGUGGACAAGUCAACCGUGCCAACCGCAUUGUUGGUGGAGUAGAGACGGAGGUGAACGAAUAUCCCUGGAUGGUUUCUCUUGUCGACGGCAGUGGAUACUAUCACUUCUGUGGCGGUUCUAUCAUCUCCAGCCAAUGGGUCGUCACUGCAGCUCACUGUGCAGUAGGCAUGACCACCUCGGAUUAUGUGCUGGUGGGAGACCACAACCUGUACUCCGGAAGCGAAGCCAAUUCUCAGUGGAUGCAGAUUGCUGAAAUUAAGAAUCAUCCGUCCUAUGAUUCCAAUACACUGGACAACGACAUUGCCCUCAUCAGACUCAAGACAGAGAUCCAGUUCCCAUCUGACAACAAAAUCGCCCCUGUCUGCCUUCCAACUGCUGGUGAAAUGUAUGAUAGUGUGGAUGCCACAAUCACAGGAUGGGGAGCUCAACAGGAGGGAGGAUCCACAUCGGGCACCUUGUUCGAAGUAACAGUGCCCACCAUGACAAACACCGUAUGCAAUACCAAGUACGGAGGACGCAUCACUGACAACAUGAUCUGCGCAGGCAUUCCUGAGGGAGGCAAGGACUCCUGCCAGGGAGACUCCGGUGGACCAAUGGUGUGGAAAAACGGCAAGUGGAAGCUGGUGGGAGUUGUGUCGUGGGGUUAUGGCUGUGCUCGACCUGAUAGGCCCGGAGUCUACGCCAGAGUUACACAAUACCUUGACUGGAUUUCGACCUCGACCGGAGGUGUCUGUCCGACGGCUGGUUAAUCCACCCAUUGGAAAGGUUGUCAGAAGCCAAAGCCCGGGCCAGGAGUACACUCUCGAAGGCACGGUGUAGACGAGGAGCUGGAAUUGGAUGUUUUCAUUCCUGUCUUCCAUGUUUUCUUUAGUUUGGCCAAGUUUCCUUUCUUUGCCCUUAUUUCUGUUUCUGGAUUUUCCAUAUCAGGAAAUAUUAAAUUUGUGAAUUGA